AUGGCGACCUUGGUUCUAAAUCCCACUGACCCUUCUACCAUCCCGUCCGCCACUGAUCUCGAGCCUGACGAACGAUGGAAGAGUCGCCUCAAAGUCGACAUCGAGAAUAACUUGCGCUCCAUGGUCGACGAAGCCACGCAGAAUCUCAAUAAUACCCUGACGAAAGCCGCAGUCAGUGCCGUCGAGCGCGAGCGGUUGACCGAGGAACACCUUGUUACCAUGAAGAGUAUCCGUAACAUUGCUCAGGAACAAUUCCGUAUUGCAUUAGAACAUGGGCGGCAAGAGCGCCGUUAUGCUGCCAGUCAAACAUUAGAUCUUGAUUGGUCAGAAGGUAUGAUAAAGGAGCAACAUGCGAUUUUGAACAGGAUUGAACAAGGGUACAGCUGCUCUGUCUUCCUCCUUGCAGCCUACUGUAGGUGCUUCAGAGUCGCAUACUUUUGGAAACACACCCGAAUAUGCUACCUGGAUUCCGCGGGAGCCCAUGGAGAUUGA